AUGGCAGGAACAGCAGAGCCAACUGGGCAGCUUGUUAUCCACUCAGACACUCACAGUGACAAGGUCUUAGCUAGUUUUGAAGAUCAGAGGAAGAAAGGGUUUCUCUGUGACAUCACGUUAAUUGUGGAGAACAUGCACUUCAGGGCCCAUAAAGCCUUACUUGCUGCCAGUAGUGAAUACUUCUCAAUGAUGUUUGCUGAAGAUGGGGAGGUUGGCCAGUCCAUUUAUAUGUUGGAAGGCAUGGUGGCCGACACCUUCAGUAUCCUGUUAGAAUUCAUUUAUACAGGUUGUCUCCAGGCGAGUGAGAAAAGUACAGAACAAAUCCUCGCCACUGCUCAGUUCCUAAAAGUCUAUGACCUAGUGACAGCCUUUACAGACUUUGAGAAUAAUCACAGUUCCCCCAAGCCAACAACUUUGAACACUACUGGUGCUCCAGUGGUGGUUAUUUCUAAUAAGAAGAGCGAUCCUCCAAAGCGGAAACGGGGAAGACCAAGAAAAGUCCACAGUUUGCAGGAGAGAAAAUCAGAUGUGGUGGCCGAGGAAGAUAUACAGUUGAAAGUGAACAAUUCUGUUCAGAAUAGACAAAACUAUGUGCUAAAAGAGGGAGAUGGGGAGCCAGUGAAUGAUCAGAUUCCAGCAAAAGUGUUAGAAGCAGCUGAGGCCACUUGUGAGGCUGGCAUAAGGGAAGAACUGCUCACAGAAAAAGAUGAGAACUGUGAUCCCAAGACACAGGACAAGCAAGACAGCCAGAGUCGAUUUGGCAAGCGGAGGGUCCGCAGAUCUGUCAAACUAAAAGAUUACAAACUUGUUGGAGAUAAAGAUGACCAAGGCCCAGCCAAGAAGGUCUUUGGAAGGAGAAAGCGCCCCAGUGCCCCCGAGGCCCGUUGUAAAGACUGUGGUAAAGUCUUUAAGUACAAUCACUUUUUAGCAAUCCACCAGAGGAGCCACACGGGGGAGCGACCAUUCAAAUGCAGUGAAUGUGGAAAAGGCUUUGCCCAGAAGCACUCCUUGCAGGUCCACACCCGGAUGCACACAGGCGAGCGGCCAUAUACCUGCACCGUGUGCAACAAAGCUCUCACCACCAAGCACUCACUGCUGGAGCACAUGAGCCUCCAUUCAGGACAGAAGUCUUUUACCUGUGAUCAGUGUGGGAAAUAUUUCAGCCAGAAAAGACAACUGAAGAGCCAUUACAGAGUUCAUACAGGCCACACAUUACCGGAAUGCAACCAUUGCCAUCGCAAAUUCAUGGAUGUGUCUCAGCUAAAGAAACAUCUACGAACACACACAGGUGAGAAGCCAUUUACUUGUGAAAUCUGUGGCAAAUCUUUCACAGCCAAGAGUUCCCUUCAGACCCACAUCCGAAUCCAUCGAGGAGAAAAGCCAUACUCAUGUGGCAUAUGUGGCAAAUCCUUCUCUGACUCCAGUGCCAAAAGGAGACACUGCAUCCUUCACACAGGCAAGAAGCCAUUCUCUUGCCCUGAAUGUAACUUGCAAUUUGCUCGUUUAGACAACUUGAAGGCUCACUUGAAAAUACACAGCAAAGAGAAACAUGCAGCAGAUCCCAGCAGUGUUCCUGGCAGUAAUACUGAAGAGGUUAGAAAUAUUCUUCAGUUGCAGCCCUAUCAACUCUCUACCUCUGGAGAGCAGGAAAUUCAGCUUCUGGUAACCGAUUCUGUGCAUAACAUUAAUUUCAUGCCAGGUCCCAAUCAGGGAAUCAGCAUUGUCACUGCGGGGAGCUCACAGAAUAUGACUGCAGACCAGGCUGCCAAUCUCACCCUGCUCACACAGCAGCCAGAACAGCUGCAGAACUUAAUUCUUUCAGCUCAACAGGAGCCAACAGAGCACAUUCAGAGCCUCAGUAUGAUUGAAGGCCAGAUGGAGCCCUCCCAGACAGAACCAGUGCAUGUUAUCACGCUGUCCAAGGAAACCCUGGAACAUCUUCAUGCCCAUCAAGAGCAGACAAGGGAGCUCCAUUUAGCAGCAAGUGCAUCCGAUCCAGCUCAGCACCUCCAGCUGACACAGGAACCAGCUUCCUCACCUAGCCCUCACAAUUUGCCCCAGCCCAUACCCCUUACCCCGGAGCAGAGCUGACCUGAAAACAUGCCUGACUGUUCUAUGGGUCUUUUCAGAAACCAGCUAUAAUUGGAUUGAGUCCUAAAGCAAGACUUUCUGAAACACCUACAUAUCCUUACUGAAAUCUGAUAGGUACUGAUAUCUACAUGCUUUCUGUCCAGG